GUGAAGUACCGCGCACUGCGCAAGCCUAUAGCGUGCUGGAAAUUCCUCUAAAUCUCACACGGUAUAUAAGAUUCUCAUCUGUUCUCGAUUUCGUACAGAUCCAUCUGCAGGUUCAGCACCAAAGAACAUCACAUCUCGUUCAGCUGCUCCUCUAAAACAACUGGUGAUUUGUCUUGAGUGACGAGGAGUUCUUUUCGUCAAAAUGAAACUGAUGCUGACUGUUGCAAUUCUCGUGGCCGCAAUAGGGUUCGCUUCAACACUACAGACAUAUGUCCCUUAUGCACUCAUACGUAGCGAACUGCAACCGGAGAAUUAUGACCUUGUGCUGGUGCCAAUACAAGAGGGAUCCCUGCGCGUAGCCCAAGGUGAUGUUUCGUCACCAAAGGAACAAGACAGUGAUCCUGACGGUCAGGAAAUCUUCACGGGAGAGCCCAAGUCCCGGGUCCGAAGGCAGGCUACAGUAGACGUUACUCGUAACACGCGAACUGGGAGCACAAGUGUCUCGGCACAAGGGCAAGGCAACUUGUGGGCAAGAGGGCCUCACAGAGUAGAUGGAAAUGCCCACUACUCGCGAGUUUACGGGGGCCGACAAGGAACAAUGCACCCCAGUUACGGUGGCGGGCUCACGUACUCUAAUUCGAAUGGAGCCAGCGCCGGGGUCGAUAUAAGUCGACAGCGGCCUUUUGGGACCCAAGUUUCUGCCCAAGCUCAAGGAGUCCUCUGGAGAAGUAACAACGGCCGAACAUCUGUUGACGCCAAUGCCAGGUGGUCAAGAAAUUUUGGUGGAGCUUAUGGCACAUCUCGGCCAAGUUACGGCGGUAUGGUUACCUUCAGACACAGAUUUUAGGAAGCACAGAAAACACCUGUUCGUCUUCUCCUCGUGUUCCGAUAAUCUAGUCCAUUGUCUCACUCAAAUCGGGUUCCGCGAAGCGAAUAUAAGAGUCUGCAAGAAAAUUCCUUUAUGAUACGAAUAACACUUUCCAGCAUCAAGCCAAAUAAAAUGGGAAUCUGUGAAGAAAAAAUAAAACCCACUCUUCGCACUGAAAAUUGUUAAUAGGUAGCAUAGUAGUUUUAAGCUUAAUUUUUAGUAUGUGUGAAAUAUGAUUUUUUUUCUAAAUAUGUGCAAUUAAAUAAUAUAUUUAUCUUA